GGAAGACGGGAUUCGGAUUCGCGGAAAUCCAGGGCGCCUGACUCCAAGAAUCCAAAGCCGCAGCAGCAGCAGCAGUGGAGUGAAGUAGACAGCAGGCACGCCUUCCAGUUCCGUCGCACGAGAAUCCCUCCACCACCACUCAUCCGAAAAAGGCAAAAAGCGCACUGCGUUCACACUGCAACUCUGCAACGCACUUUUCCCCACUCGAGUUCCUUAACUCCUGCGCACGCCAAUGUCGCCCCAUCUCCCUACAACCGCUCCUCCCGCGCUCCUCCACCGCCAUUUCCGCCUCUGAACCUUUCCCUUCUCCCUCGCCCCGGAGCUCUCUGCCACCCUCCAGCAACAUGGCUUCCCAGCUCGGCUCCUGCUCCCCCGCCGCCGCCGCCUGCUGCCGUCGCCAGUACCGCGCGCCCCGGAGCAGGCCCCCCCGUCCGCAGCUCGCGUGGACGCGGUGGGGCGCGCCGAGCCGAGCCGGGUGGAGGGUUCGGGCCUCGUCGGAUGGAGGAGGGGGAUCGUACCUGGACAUGUGGCAGAAGGCGGUGGAGCGCGAGCGGAAGUCCAUCGAGUUCCAGCAGAUGGCGGAGGGGCGCGGCGGAGAUGGCGCAGAAGGUGGCGGCGGGGUGGAGGAUUUGGAGAAGAAGAGCGAGGAGUUUAGGAGGAUUCUGGAGGUGCCGAAGGAGGAGAGGGACAGGGUCCAGAGGAUGCAGGUCAUCGAUCGGGCGGCCGCGGCCAUUGCGGCGGCGCGCUCGAUCGUUCAGGAGAAUGCGAGGUCGGAGAGCGGGAGCGGAAGCGAAAAGGGAAGCGGUGAGGGGGGUGGUGGGGAUUUGGAGGAGGACCAAAGAGAAAAAGAGAUGACCGUAUCCGUGCCUGUCUCUGAAACUUCUGGCGGUGCCACACCAGGUCCUGAUUUUUGGUCCUGGACACCCCCUCCAAAUAGUGAAGAGAGCUCAGAUGGGAUGGAUCCGCCGAAGCUGCAGAAAUCUUCUCUGUCCAUGGGUCCAAUGCCUUCAGUCGUUGAGAAAGAACAAUCGGUUGAUUUUCUUCCAAUUCCUUUUGAGAGUAAACUGUUCUCCCCACUUCUUCCACCUCUUCAGUCACUGGUGGAUGUUGAAAAGCUGGAUUCUGACGCAAGUCAAGAGGCGUCAACCUUAAGAGAGGAUCAUGAGCUUGACCACUUAUUUACAUCACAUGCUGCUGAAGCAGCCAAUGCACUGGAUGAAGUGGAUGUACGAACAUCAUCAGGAGUGAAUUUAGAUGGAUCGAGGUGGUGGAAAGAGACGGGAUUGGAGAGGAGGCCUGAUGGCGUGCUUUGUAGGUGGACAAUGACCAGGGGUGUUAGUGCUGAUCAAGUCACUGAGUGGCAGGAGAAAUUUUGGGAGGCUGCCGAUGAGCUUGGUUACAAGGAACUUGGUUCUGAGAAAUCUGGGCGUAAUGCACAUGGAAAUGUUUGGCGUGAGCAUUGGAAGGAGUCUAUGUGGCAGGAUUCAGGAAUUCUACAUCUCGAGAAAAUUGCCGACAAGUGGGGCAAAAAUGGAAAAGACGAAGAGUGGCAAGAGAAAUGGAAUGAACAUUAUGAUGCCUCGGGCAAGGCGGAGAAAUGGGCAGACAAGUGGUGCAGUAUUGACCCAACGACAGAACUUGAAGCUGGACAUGCUCACGUUUGGCAUGAAAGGUGGGGAGAGAAGUAUGAUGGACAUGGCGGCAGCAUCAAAUACACUGACAAAUGGGCAGAGAGGUGUGAAGGCGAGGGGUGGUCGAAGUGGGGCGACAAAUGGGAUGAGAAUUUUGAUCCUAAUGGCCAUGGCGUGAAGCAAGGGGAGACAUGGUGGGAAGGCAAGCAUGGAGAGAGAUGGAACCGCACCUGGGGCGAACAGCAUAACGGCUCCGGGUGGCUCCACAAGUAUGGCAAGAGCAGCUGCGGAGAGCACUGGGACACGCAUGUUCAGGAAGAAACGUGGUACGAGAGAUUCCCACACUUUGGUUUUUAUCACUGUUAUGAUCAUUCGGUCCAGCUCAGGGAAGUCCGCAAGCCGUCUGAGAUGUCGUAAUCAAUUAUAAAUCCUCCCUAAGCACCUGGAGAGGCUUUUUUACUUGCAGCUGAGAACGCAUCCGCGCACGUCCAUGCACACGGCCCGCUUACAAACAGCAAAAUCUGUGUUUUUUGUCAACUCAAAAUCCUGUUUUUGAGCAUUGCUCUAUCGAUAGAUAUACAAUAAGUUUGUAUCUGCUAUACUGGUACAGAUCUGGAUCGUAUUCAUAUUCUUUGAUUUGAUGCACGAAU